GCCCCCCCCCGGCCGGCGGCGCUCGCAGCGCGCGCAGCAUGGCUGCCGCCACCACCUUGCUGUCCGCCCUCGAGGGCGCGACGAAGCUGCGGCCCCCCGCCGCAGGGGCCGCGGACCAGGCGGCCGAGGAGCGCGUCGCGGCGGAGGCGGACAUGGCGGCCGGGAAGGCUUGGCGCCAGCGGGACCCAGGUCGGCCGGCCGAUGGCGCCGGCUGGGCCCAGCCCAGGGCGAUGGCCAUGCCCUCCUGCUCGGGCGCGAUCCUGAACGACCACCUCGAGCGCGUCCUCCUGAGCGUGGUGCCGUCGAAGUUGGACACCGAGUACCUGUGGUCUUGCCUCGGGGAGAUCUCGCUCGCCCUGGCGGAGCUCGGCCGGAUGUGGCGCCUCGGCCCGUUCGGGAGUGUGAAGAACUUGUUCAUGACGCGAGGCUCCGACAUCGACGUGACGCUGUACCGAGUGGACGCCCAGGGCGAGGGCAACUCCGCAGCCGCGGUGCAGGUCCUGCAGGUGGCCAUGCCGAUGCUCGUCCAGCGCCCAAGUCUCGAGGUCGUCCGGUUCGUCCCCACCGCCAGGAUCCCUGUCCUGACCCUGCGGUGCAACGGCCUGGUGGACGUGGACCUGUCCUGCCACAACACGGAACCGCUGAGAAACACGCAUCUGCUCCGGGCCUACGCGGAGGCCCGCUGCGCGGCGCAAGGGCCGGCGGGCCCCGUUGUGCGGGGCCUGGCGCUGCUGGUGAAGCUCUGGUCGAAGGCGGCCUGCGUGUGCGGGGCGCCGAAGGGGAACCUGACGUCCUACUCGCUGACCUUGAUGGUGCUCUACUUCCUGCAGGUCCAUCCCGACUUCGAGCUGCCGUGCCUGCCCACGUGGGCCUUCGACGGCUCUGGGCCCACCCCGAAGCUGGGCAAGGCGCGCUGGCGGGGCGGGCCGCGGCCGUGA